GCCGCCGUCCAAGCUGUGCACCGGGUGCCCCCGACUCCCGCUGGGGGGGUGUCUAAGACCCUGGGGAGCGCGCACCAUGAAGUCCGUGCUGUGCAGCCGCUUCUUCAUCCUCCUCCCCUGGAUCCUGAUCGUCAUCAUCAUGCUCGACGUGGACCCACGCAGGCCUGCUCCCCCCAUCACUUCGCGCCCCUAUUUUUCUCCCCACACACUGGGCUGCGGGGGCUCCCGCGUCCCGCUCCGCCGGAGCAGCCCGGUGCGCGACAACCUGGAGAAGCGCAACGAGUCCCGGGUGCAGUCGCAGCCCCAGCCGCCGCUGCCCACCAUCUAUGCCAUCACGCCCACCUACAGCCGGCCGGUGCAGAAAGCCGAGCUGACCCGCCUGGCCAACACGUUCCGCCAGGUGGCGCAGCUGCACUGGAUCCUGGUGGAGGAUCGCGCCACGCGCAGCGAUCUAGUGAGCAGCUUUCUGGAGCGGGCCGGGCUGCCCAACACGCACCUGCACGUGCCCACGCCGCGGCGCUAUAAGAGGCCGUGGCUGCCGCGUGCCACCGAGCAGCGCAACGCCGGCCUGGCCUGGCUGCGCCAGAGGCAUCAGCACCAGCGUGCCCAGCCCGGCGUGCUCUUCUUCGCGGACGACGACAACACCUACAGUCUGGAGCUCUUCCAGGAGAUGCGAACUACACGCAAGGUUUCCGUCUGGCCCGUGGGCCUCGUUGGUGGGCGACUCUAUGAACGUCCAUUGGUGGAAAAUGGCAAAGUUGUUGGAUGGUACACUGGGUGGAGAGAAGACAGGCCUUUUGCCAUCGACAUGGCAGGAUUUGCUGUGAGUCUGCAGGUCAUCUUGUCCAAUCCAAAAGCUGUAUUUAAGCGUCGUGGAUCCCAGCCAGGAAUGCAAGAAUCUGACUUUCUAAAGCAGAUAACCACAGUCGAAGAACUGGAACCCAAAGCAAAUAACUGCACCAAGGUUCUUGUGUGGCACACUCGGACAGAGAAGGUCAAUCUAGCCAAUGAGCCCAAGUACCACCUGGACACAGUGAACAUUGAGGUGUAGACUCAAGUAGCAACUGGAACAGUUGCCCAUUCAGUGGGGUGUGGAAGAAGAAGAUUGGAGUUUAGGCUGCGGCUUAUUCAGGUAUUGUUCCUUUUACUUCAGUACAGCAGCCUUUACUGUUAGCUGACGGACAUCUGUCUACACAGAGCUUGUCAGUUAGCAUACGCUAACUGGAUGCUAAAAAUGUCUUCAUUUGUUCUGCAUGUAUUUUCUACAACUUCACUGGAAGAUUUUUUUGUAAAGCUGAAUGAUUCUGCAUAUUAUCAUUCUGAGUAUCUUAUGUACUGCUCCUUCCCUCUCAAUUCAUCUUAUAACUGGUAGAAUGGAAUAGGCAUUAGAACUUGUGCUAAAAAGUUGUACAACUAAAUAUUCCCAAUUCUCAGCUUCACAAGUGGCAGUAUACAUUGUAGGAAAUAAAACCCACAAAUAAAAAACAAAGUAUGGAUUCAUCUGUUUAAUAUAGGGAAAUAACAUUUUGUCAAUACUAGGCACCAUAAAAUGUAAACACAAUUACUGUCAUAAACCUGGAUAUACCUUCAAGGAUUAAAAGUGGCUUUGUUUUAGUUACCCUGUUUUCAUAUAGUGCAGAAAAGGUCUUCAUGUUAGCACUAUGUACAUAAGAGAUCCAAAUUACAAGAGGCUGAUAAAAUUUGAAUUCUUUAAACAUUAAGUUUUAUAGUAACAUCCAGGUUUAUCUUCCUUUCACUAACCACGUUCCCUGUUAAGCACAUCAUAACAACAGCACAGUGAAGUGAGUGAUGAAAUAAAAGAAUUUUGAUACACUUAGAAAACAGUGCUCAGUGAUGCAUUUACAUUCUAUUUAUAUGAUUAAACAUUUGAUCAUACAGUACCUUCCUACAAGAUUACUGGCUAAUUUGGGGUGGGGUUUAUACUGUUAGAGGUAUUA